AUGGAGAGAGCAAAAGCAGUUGUGAUUAAGAACCUCUCUUCGGCCAACUCAUCGUCAAACCCUGAAGUAAUUUCUGACAUGCGCCGUCUGACCAUCCUUGCUUCAGUGCUGCCAGCGUGUGGCCAGGAGCUAAUGGCAGGCUCCGACUUCCUGGAUACGAUAUCGGAAGCCUACCAGGCAAGAGGUGCCCGGGAGGAGUUUCGUAAGAUUCUCGUUGCUAAUAUCUACGUCGGGCUCGUUUCCUUAUUGAAGGAGCCAGUCAAUUUGUCUUCGUUAUUGGAUCAGCUGUUCAGCCUCAAAGCCGCUGCUCGAGUGGGAGCGCCAAAAAUGAAGAGGGAAGCAACUCUACUUUCUGAUCUCAUCUGCAGCUCGGACUUGCUUAUUCGGCUGGACAAGUAUCUGAGCAUUCACCCCCAGAAACGGGGACAAGAUCUUCUUGCCAGCUUGCGCACCUAUCAGGUGGAAUCGAAGUCACUACACCAUCGGUAUCAAAGACGCAAGAAAGUGGACAAAGGAAAAGAAGUAUCCUCGCAUCCGAUCGUUUCAGGGGAACUUCACGCACACAAGAUGUCACUAGUCACUCAAGUACAAGACCUCUUCCCUGAUCUUGGCUCGGGCUUUGUUGUACGGCUACUGGACUGCUACAAUGACAACCCGGAAACCAUCGUCGCCCACCUCCUCGACGACUCACUUCCUGUUGAGCUCCAGUCUCUAGAUCGAUCUGAGCAACUACCUCCCACAGCAGAACCUCACCAUAGCCAUAUGUCACCCCACCCAACACCACCCGAAUCGCCUACGUUGGCACCACUACCAGCCCGCAAGAAUAUCUUCGACGAAGACGUGGACAUCGCCGAACUAAGCCGCUCUGGCGAGGCGCAAGGAAAAUUGUACUUCGGCCGCGCCGACCCAGACCAAACAGCCGACAUAAUCCUCUCAGACCACAGCAAACACGCCGCAAACAAAGCAGCGAUCCUCUCCGCGCUCGCAACAUUCGACUCAGACGACGACGAGCGCGACGACACCUACGACACAGCCGACGUAGGCGGCGCCAUCGACGGAGCCACAGGUGGGGCAGACGGCGAAGCCGAUCCAGCCGAGCGCAACCGCCGUGCAGCCGAUACCGAAACAAUUCUCUUCCGCACAUACAAGUCCAAUCCAGGGCUCUUCGCCCGCGACUCGGCGACCCGCCGCUCCCAGCCGCGCGGAUCGUUGAAGCGCGAGACCGAAAUGACUGACGAGGCUAUCGAGGGCUGGGCUCUCAUGCUAACGCGUGAUCCCAAGCGUCUCGCGAAACUCGAAGACCGGCUAGCGAUGGAUGCUGGCGCGUUGGCUGGUGCUGGAUCACUUAACCAGCCUGAGUUGCGUCCUACGUCUUACAGGAGGCCACAGCCUCGUGAGAAUGGAGACGAGGGUUCUGAUGAGGGCGAGUCUUCUGGCCAUGCUGGUUCGCGGGGUGGUAGAGGAGGUGGUGGCCGUGGUGGUCGGGCGCGGGGUGGCGGCGGUCGUGGCGGUCGUGGCCGUGGUGGUGGUCCUUCGUCUGGUGGCCAAGGGCAGCCAGAUACUACGGUGUCGAGACAGAGGAAGGAAGAGAAUAAGAGUAGUCGGGCGAAUCAUAACCGCCGACAGCAGCACGCGAAAAAGAUGGCGCGUGGCGGUGGGUUGCCUGGCUAA